AUGGGCUAUCAAUCUCGACUGAUUGACCUUGAAUAACACAAAGAGAAAAAACAACAACAAACAUUUGACAUUUCUCAGUUGUUUUUUCCUCGCCGUCACAAAUUGUUGGAAAAGACGGAGUUAAUUUUUAUUUUUUUAUUAUGUGCAUAUAAACGGCAAAAUAUAAUUUAAAUAACUAUUCAGCAAAAACAUAAAUUAAAACUGUUAAAAUAAAACCUAAAAGAAUUAUAAAAUAAAUUCUCCAAUUUUUGGUAUAAGAAAAACUGCAUGCGAAAGGUUGGACCCUAGAACAGUCUACGCCAUUCAAUAACAAAUACCAGCCUUAAAAGCAACAAAUAUGACCACUAGCAGCGAGGAUGUCCUCUUGCAAAUGGGUGAAGUACGUUAUAAAAAGGGCGAUGGCACCUUGUACGUAAUGAAUGAACGUUUAGCCUGGAUGGCAGAAAAUCGAGACACUGUGGCGGUCUCUCAUAGAUAUGCUGACAUUAAAACACAAAAAAUUUCUCCGGAAGGCAAACCAAAGGUACAAUUACAAGUUGUCCUACAUGACGGUAACACGUCCACAUUCCAUUUUGUCAAUCGCAAUGGCCAGCAGGCAAUGUUGGCCGACCGUGACAAAGUCAAAGAGUUGCUACAACAAUUGUUGCCAAAUUUCAAACGUAAAGUUGACAAAGAGUUGGAAGAAAAAAAUCGUGUGCUAUCGGAAAAUCCCCAUCUCUUUCAGUUGUACAAGGAUUUGGUGACCUCUCAGGUUUUGACCAGCGAUGAGUUCUGGAAUACACAUGCCAAGGAACAUGCUAUGAAGAAAGUUAAUAAAAAACAAAGUAUAGGUGUUUCCGGUGCCUUUUUAGCCGAUAUCAAACCACAGACUGAUGGCUGUAAUGGCCUCAAAUACAAUCUCACCGACGACAUAAUCCACUGUAUAUUCAAAACAUAUCCUGCCGUUAAGCGUAAACAUCAAGAGAACGUUCCUGCCAAAUUGAGUGAAGCCGAAUUUUGGACGAAAUUCUUUCAGUCUCACUACUUUCAUCGUGAUCGCAUAACGGCGGGUACAAAGGAUAUUUUCGCAGAAUGUGGUAAAAUCGAUGAUCAGGCAUUAAAAGCUGCUGUGCUGCUGGGAGCUGGUGAUCCUCUGCUCGAUCUGAAACAAUUCGAAGAUGUGCCUUUGGAGGAGGGUUUUUGUAGUGUGGCCGGUGAUCGUAAUACCGUGAAUAGCGGCAACAUAGUACAUCAGAAUAUGAUAAAACGUUUCAAUCAGCAUUCGAUAAUGGUCUUAAAGACUUGUACCGAUGUUAAUUCUUCUACUAGUGGUGCUACGGGGCCACUAAAUAAUCAGUCAAAAGACAGUAAAAACGAAAAUGGAGUUGGAGAGAAAUCGAAACACAAGGAAGUCACACAAAACGGUGGCACUAGUACGAUGAAUAGUCCGGAGAAACCGUCUAAACGUCAAAGAAUUGUAGAUAAGAUACACUAUGAAGAUUUGGGUGAUCCGCAAGUUGAUUCUGAUACAAAUUUGAGCUCAGAGGCGAAGAGGAAAUCACAACACAUAAAUUUAUCCAAAGUAGAACGUUACUUGCAUGGACCCAUGCCUAGUAGUGGUUACGAAAUGCAUGAGGAUUCCCGACGUAUGGAGGAGAUACAAUAUCAAUUGUUAAGAUCUACGGAAAAUUGGAAUCAACGUGUACCUCAUAAAGUAUUGGUAAGCUCAACGGCAGCCGUAAAUGCUUUGGGUGAACUAAGUCCGGGUGGCGCUUUAAUGAGAGGUUUUCAGGAACAAUCUGUAGGACAACUUGUGCCUCCGGAUUUUGAAAAGGAUUUGCGCAAUCUAUAUUUAGCUUUGUCGGAAUUAUUAAAACAUUUUUGGCAUUGCUUUCCACCCACUACUCAGGAUUUAGAAACUAAAGCUUUAAAAAUGCACGAAGCUUUGCAGCGCUUCAAAAUGGCUAAAUUGCAACCAUUUGAGGAUCGCUGCUUACAAAAACUGUCUCCCUUGGGCGGUACUUUAACCCAACACUUGAAUCGUUUAUUACAAUCAGCCAAUACUAAAUUUGUCACUUGGCAAGAACGCAAAAUGCGCCAACAUAAAUAAGUAACUGCUAGGCUAGCAUUAUAUUUUCAUGCUCUUACAUGAAUUUGUAAAGAUUUCCUAUUGGCCAGCAUUUGAUGUUUAUUUACAAGGUUUCAAAAUAUUGAGGUAAUUUUUAAUUUAAUAUUCUUUUUAAAUUAAUGUUUACUUUUUUGCAUUUGCUUUCUUUACAGUUUUUUUAAGUUAAAUUUAAAUAAAUCAUGAAAAUAUUGAGCUAUUUUCAAAAAACAAUAAAACAACAA